AUCAUUCCAGUGGGCGGGAUGUCUCGCGGCGGGAGCGGAGCCGGUAAGACGGCGACCGCGAAGCGCGUGCCCCCGCCAGCAGUCCCCGGAGACGCCUUCAGUACCCCACAGCACCGACACUCGGGCUCCAGCUUCGGGUCACAAGGGUACGCCUCCUGCGAGGAACAGCCGUACCCUCAACCGCCAGAUACGCCGUCACAUACCAGAGAUGACCACUCAGACUAUGGCAGCACGGUGUCUGGUGUCUCCGGCGUGUCAGGCGCGAGUGGCAGUCUCGGCAAGAGUCCGGCAGGUGGCGGCACCUUCACGUUCCCGCCGCCAGCUCAGCCACUCACACAUAAAGCUGCAGUGUACUACCAUCACCAGCUAGCACUCAGUGAUGACCAGGGGAUUGAUAUGACACAGAGUCCAGGCCGCGACAGUCCAGGUUCAUCAUCAGGUUCAGCGGGUUCAGGGUCUCGUCACUCGUCAGCAUCACUGGACAGCGGGCGCGCGUCAGGUCGCAUGCCGCAUCAUCACCACGCGGCCUGCCAUUGUGGCGACCUCGCUGACAGGGUGCGAGCUAUGAUCGCUCAAGGGUUACCGGACACAGACAUAAUCCACGCGUGCCUAGCAGACCUCCAGAUGGAGGAGUACGCUCGUCUCUUCAUAGAAGCUGGUUACGACCUGCCAACAGUAACGAGAAUGACGCCCGAAGACCUAACAGCCGUCGGGAUUAAAAAGCCAAAUCAUCGCAAGCGGUUAAAGGCUGAGCUCGCCAAUCUAAAUGUGCCGGAUAACCUCCCUGACUAUAUACCGGGUUCCCUAGAAGAAUGGCUGCGACUACUUCGACUGGAGGAAUACGGGCCCGCAUUAGUAGCGCAGGGUUACCGCACCGUGCAUGACGUCACACAACUAGCUUGGGAGGAUCUAGAAGACAUGGGCAUAGUCCGUCUGGGUCACCAAAAGAAAAUUCUUCUUGCCAUCAAAAGAGUGAAAGAUAUUAGAGCAGGAAAGAGAAGCAUUAGCAACCAAGGGUCCUUGGACUUUACGAGAAUACAACCUGGCCAGGAUUUAUAUCCGAGGGAGCUACAUUACCAGCCUUGGGAGAGACAACGGAGUUACCAUAAACCCCCCGACCUAAACUUUGACGCCAUACCGACGCCCCUUUGUGGCACAGAUUUGGUCCCCAUUCAGAUACGUCAUCCGCGCGGAAAAUCCCUAGAGAGUCUAGAGGAUCCUUCAGAAAGAGCAUCACACACGACGUUCUCACCGGAGGCUGGGUUCUACUACGGCGGGGGUCAGUGGCGACGCUCGUAUGAUGACGGGGACAUAACACCCACUAAUGACUCGUACGAGGGAGGCGGCACUCUACCCCGGCCGCGCGGGCUGGUGCGACCGCGGCCCGUCGCCAAGAUCGCAGCUACACCCGCCUACCGCGACAAGUCGCCCGACUACGCGUACGACGAGCGCGCAUACUCCGCGCGACUGCAACGUGUCGCGUACGGCGCCAGCCCGCACGUGGCGCGCAAGCCACCGCCAGAACCGCCCAAGCGGCAGAGCUCUCAAUACGCGCCCUUCUCGCGAUUUGGCCAGACGACUGUAGAGAUCCACCCUGAGAAGAGUCUGCCACUAUCUCUCCCUGCCUACCCGAGCUCGGACUCCCUGUCGGUGUCGCUGGACAGUACUGGCCUACUGCCGCCACCGCCCGCGCCCGCCAGCCCGCCGCGACGGUAUGAUGACGACAAGCUGCGCACCGGCUCUGAUGCUAGUUUUAAGUCAAGCUCCAGCACGGAAUCGGAUAGCAUUCCAUUUGCGAAUGAAAACGCUGGGACCAUAAAGCAAAACCGCGGCCAGAUAGGAGGUCGGCCGCACACGGUGGACUACGGGCGCGGCGGCAUGGGGCUGGCCAGCCUGCCGCCGCGGGGCGGCGACAUCAAGCCCGCCACGCCGCACGCUCUGCCAGAACACAAGGACGAGAAGAGCUCGGAACCAGUCGACGUGCUCAACGACAUCGGCAACAUGUUAGCCAACCUCACCGACGAACUCGACGCCAUGUUGGAAGAAGAAAAGCGCCAAGGACUCACAGAUUCCUAA